AUGAAGCAGUCGUGGGUCUUCGAGAGCGAGGACCGCUCGCACUUUUUCAUCGAGCGCUUCGGCUUCGGCCCCAGCGGUCGAAUGGACGUGAGCGUGUCCGCCGUGGCGAUGGAGGUGCCCGAAGACGCGGAAGAAGUGCAGGCAGGACUGUUGUUCGUGCACCAGGACGAUCUGUGGGAGACCGUGGCGCUGCUAGACGACGCAAUAGGCAGUGGAGACCUGGAGCUGCCCCAAGCCAGCCAGCAGGGAGACCAGUGUGUGCUGCAACGGCGUCCGGACAGUCAGUGGAUCGAUAUGACCGACGCGCAGACCUGGUACAGUGCUAUUGAUCAGGUAUACAUAUUUUAUUUUAUCGGAUCUGAUUCUGGUCAUUUCAUUUCUAGGAACGUGAGUCGAGGUACUGCACACGUGCAGCUCGACGGUCGAGAAGGCGGACAACACAAUGGACCUUUGAGCGUCGGCUUCUACUACAUUUUCUACGCUCACUGUACUCCUGGGCUCAAGGUUUCAUUCCAUAUGGACGCCAUGUUCAAGAACGGAGCGACGGAUUUUCUAUCAGCUGGAGACGCUCCGCUCCCAGUCGUGUAUGUCCUCACCAGUUUCCUAUUCUUCGGAGCUGCAGUAGUCUGGGGGAAAUGUCUUUGUACCCAUCUGGAGUACGUCCAACGCGUGCAUUGGCUCAUGGCGACGCUGGUGUCUGUCAAGACGCUGGCUUUAUUCGCUGAGGCCAUGCGCUCGUACUACAUGAAACGCAACGGCGACACGCUCACCGCGUGGACGGCAGUCGUGUACGCGUUUAUGAGUUUAAAGGGGUUAUUACUCUUCUCAGUAGUGAUGCUCAUCGGCACGGGCUGGUCGCUACUGAAGCCCCAUCUAUCGCCACGAGAUAAGUCUGUACUCUCGUUAGUGUUAGUACUACAAGUGGUGAGUAAUCUCGCUCAGAUUCUCGCGUCCGAGACCGCCGUGGGGACUCGCGCGUGUGUGAGCUGGCGAGACGUUCUCGUCCUUGCUGACGUGGCUUGUUGCGCCGCUGUGUUGCUGCCUAUUGUCUGGUCGAUUCGCGAGCUGCGAGCUGCUGCUGCCACCGACGGUAAAGCCUUCGCCAACCUGCAGAAACUCACACAGUUCCGCUCGUUUUACUUGCUAGUUAUCACUUAUAUUUACGUGACUCGACUGGUCCUACAGCUGCUACAAGCGAGUUUACCGUACGACGCGACGUGGAUCGCUGUGGCAGUCGGCGAGUUGGCGGCCUUGGGAUUCUUCACCGUCACCGGCUAUCGGUUCCGUCCGUUGCCCUUGAAUCCGUAUCUGGAGGUGCCGAUGCACGAGGACGAUCUCGAGGAAUUCGCGCUGGAUGACGACGAAGAUUUGGACUUCCGCUCCGCUCAACGGACGGAAAUCCACAAGUUUGCAUACAACGCCCCAGUGAAAAGUCAAGCGAGUUACUCGAUCAAACGCUCGAGUGGUUCGAACCGUGCGAGUUAUGCCAAGAAGCGGAGUGGGAGCAUCAACAGCGACCUGUAA